UCAGUUUCUGUUCCAGAUGAUCGGGCUGAACAACGAACCUGUCUUAUUUGUGGGGACCGUGCUACAGGCUUGCACUAUGGGAUCAUCUCCUGUGAGGGCUGCAAAGGGUUUUUCAAGCGGAGCAUUUGCAACAAACGGGUGUACCGAUGCAGUCGUGACAAGAACUGUGUCAUGUCUCGGAAGCAGAGGAACAGAUGCCAGUACUGUCGCCUCCUCAAAUGCCUCCAGAUGGGCAUGAACCGGAAAGCUAUCAGAGAAGAUGGCAUGCCUGGAGGCCGGAAUAAGAGCAUCGGGCCAGUCCAGAUAUCUGAAGAAGAGAUUGAAAGGAUCAUGUCUGGACAGGAGUUUGAGGAAGAAACCAAUCACUGGAGCAACCAUGGUGACAGUGACCACAGUUCCCCUGGGAAUAGGGCUUCAGAGAGCAACCAGCCCUCACCAGGCUCCACACUGUCCUCCAGGUCUGUGGAACUAAAUGGAUUCAUGACAUUCAGGGAUCAGUAUAUGGGCAUGUCUGUGCCUCCCCAUUAUCAAUACAUACCACACCUUUUUAGCUAUUCUGGCCACUCACCGCUUCUGCCCCAACAAGCUCGCAGCUUAGACCCCCAGUCAUACAGUCUGAUUCACCAGCUGAUGUCAGCAGAGGACCUGGAGCCAUUGGGCACGCCCAUGUUGAUUGAAGAUGGAUACGCUGUGACACAGGCCGAGCUGUUUGCCCUGCUUUGCCGCCUGGCUGAUGAGCUGCUCUUUAGGCAGAUUGCUUGGAUCAAGAAGCUGCCUUUCUUCUGCGAGCUCUCAAUCAAGGAUUACACGUGCCUCUUGAGCUCUACGUGGCAGGAGUUAAUCCUGCUAUCGUCCCUCACAGUUUACAGCAAACAGAUCUUUGGGGAGCUGGCUGAUGUCACUGCCAAGUACUCACCCUCUGAUGAAGAACUACACAGAUUUAGUGAUGAAGGGGUGGAGGUGAUUGAGCGGCUCAUCUACCUCUACCACAAGUUCCAUCAGCUAAAGGUCAGCAAUGAGGAGUACGCGUGCAUGAAAGCAAUUAACUUCCUAAAUCAAGAUAUCAGGGGUCUGACCAGUGCUUCACAGCUGGAACAGUUGAACAAGCGAUACUGGUACAUUUGCCAGGAUUUCACUGAAUAUAAAUACACACAUCAGCCAAACCGCUUUCCUGAUCUCAUGAUGUGCUUACCUGAGAUUCGAUACAUUGCAGGAAAGAUGGUGAAUGUGCCCUUGGAGCAGCUGCCCCUCCUCUUUAAAGUGGUGCUGCACUCCUGCAAGACAAAUGUGGUCAAGGAAUGACCUGCCCUGCACCCGCCUCAGGCUACCCACAGGGGCUUGGGUAGGCAGGACAGGCUCUAGAGAAGAGAGCCAGAGAGACCAAGAUGGAUGCCAUGGAGUCCUGCCUCCAUAGCAAGAAGAGUUUUUGUUUGUUUGUUUGUUUAACCUCAUUUUUCUAUAUAUUUAUUUCACGACAGAGUUGAAUGUAUGGCCUUCAACAUGAUGCACAUGCUUUUGUGUGAAUGCAGCAGAUGCAUUUCCUUGCAGUUUACAGAAUGUGAAGAUGUUUAAUGUUACAGUGUUGUCAUUGUUUAGAGAUAGUUCUUUUGUAUUUUGAGGGAGAGUGUGGAACGAGCUGAGAUGACUAUUUCCAUGAUGUUGACAAAGACGACUACCUCAAUGGAAGCGGGGGUGUGACCAUCCCUAUUUCUUCCACAUUUUCUCAGCAGACAUACACUUGUCUGUCAGAGAGCAACUGCCUUUUUCUAGACUUGUCAGGUGAAAGUAUACCAAAGGGGCAAAGUGGUGGGGGGGUGAGCAAGGCAUUUGGAACAGGGCCAGAGAUAGGGGCUAGCCAUCCUUCUUCCUUGGAAAGCAUGAAAGUUGAGAGUAGGACUCAGUGGCCAAAUCUAAGGCAGAUAUACUUGCACUCAAAGAGUCUUAAAAGCAGAGGCUCUCUAUUUCCCACCACUGCCAGUAGUCAGUCAGUCUGUAGGUCUUGCCUACAGCUCCCUUAGGACCCACACCUACCUAAUUUCUUUACAUAGAUUUACUAAGCCCUACCUUCUACAGACCCCUUCCCUCUCUCUCACAAAUUUUCCUUUCUUUCAGCUCUUAGAUAAACCAAGCAGAUAGCCAUGUUUUGAGUCUUGGUACCUACUACUGAUCUAUUCUCCUUUAUUCUCCUUUUCACUUGGUAGAGGGACAAAGGCAAGGAGUAUUUAAUAAAUACCCUUUGGAAUUCCCUGUUUCUCUCCUAGAGCUGUACUGAAACUACCGUCUCCUUUUUUAAGUGGAAAGGGCACAUCUGCUGACCAGAGAUUUUAUUCCUCAGUUCUCUUCCAAGUCCUCAUCUUUCCAAAGUAAGAUUGAGUUUGCCAGGACCCCAGGAGAGACAGCCCAAGGCUCGGAGUAGCCCAGCUACCCCCCUUUGAGUGUCAUCAGUGGCCUGGCAUGCCGAGAUCCGGAGGACUGGAACAGAAGCCCCUGAAAGGGAAGGGAGCUUUAAACUACCUCAUGUUCCUAAGGGUCGGGCCAGCUGCCAUUCUAGAUAUGGCCUGGACCCUUGUUCUGUCACUACCUGCUCCACCUAGUCCCUCAAGUGUUCCCACUCCUCUUGGUUUUGCCAGGGCUGCCCCAGGUUUGUCUUGGAGCUAAUUCAGGUGCUUUUCCCUUCUCUGCCUUAAUACAGCAGUGGCUCCAGUUCACACCCUUCUGCGGCUAGUGGCCCAGACAUCCUCAGCGGAGGGCAGCCCUUGCUGGCUGGAGGGUUCCAGGGCUACUUCCUUCAGCCUUUUUGGCCAAAGGCUUUUGCCGUCCCCCAGCUCAACAUAGUAAACCUGCCCAGGGGGCUACCACAUCUUUGUGCAGACUGGGUAGUCUGUGUUGUGUAAUUUUUUUUCUUUUUGGUGAAAUGUUACGGGUACCAGCAAAGUGAUGAUUUUGUCCCUUGAUGGAUAUAAAACUCAGAGUGUUAAUUCUCAUUGCCAUUCCCCAACUGCUCUGAGAAAGAGAGACCUGUUCCUCAGGUAAUAGCAUGUUUUUCAUGUCAGUGGAAGAGAGAGAGAGAGAAAGGGAGUGUGUGUGUGUGUGUGUGUGUGUGUGUGUGUGUGUGUGUGUGUGUGUCUUUUAAGUUCACAUUAUUUUUCUUGUUCGCUUGAAUUUUUUAUUUAACCAACUAGAUCACAUUCUUUGGCUACAGGUCAGAUUCUGAGCUGCUUUCCUUCAGAUCUAGGAGGCGACACAUACCAGAGACCCUUUCUCUAAGACGGCUCCUUGUGUACAGCCUCUUUCUUUGCUUAGACCUCCAUCUGUCAAAUUAUUGUUUUUCGAAAUUGCUUUUCACAUUAGCAUUUUACCCGUUGUGUUUGGAUGUUAAAGGAAUUGCUCUCUGAUGAGGCAGGAACGUGUCUCUGUGAUAAUGUAGUAUUAAACAGAGCAAGUUGUUAAUUUGUGGAGUGGGGGAAAGGUUCUGCAAGUUGCCAUUGUACAAAUCCAUUUUUACAAAUGUUUGCAGCGGAUUCCACAGAACAAAGAGCCCAUUCAUUGCCGACAGCCCUGCAGAAUCUCUGAGCCAAGUAGUUGUGUGUUCCAAGCCAGAGCCUGACCUGUGGACCGCCUUUAAUGUCUUCUGCACCCAGUCCUCUCAUGACGUGGGCUUCUUUUAAACAGGGUAAAGUGAAUGUGUUGCAUUGCAAACUCAGGUAUGAUGAUGAGAAGGUGGGAGUAUAGCUAGCAGUGUGGAGACCUUAGGUCAGCCACCAGAUGCAUUUGUGGAUUUGGUUUGAAGGACACAGAGGAAGGUUGGAGGGAGAGGUUUGGUAUGUUUGGUUGUUUUUUUGUUUUGUUUUGUUUUGUUUUUUUGCCUUCCCAUAAUGUUUGGCUAACAGGCAGUCUUUUUGCUAGUGGAAGAAGAAAAAAGUUGUGUGUAUUGUCUUUAAUUCUUCUCCCUUCUGUCCUCCUUCUGAUCCCAACACUCAGUGUGUGAAUUUUCCACCAUAAAAAAUAUCUCUGAAAGUCGUGCGGAAAGGAGAGUCUCACCUCCGUGUACUACUUCAAGGCAUGCAGGCUUUCCCCUUCCUUCCUUUUGAACAUUUUCUUGACCUAAGAUAAAACUUUGCCAUCUUGGAGCUUCAUCUGGAAUUCAGGCUCCCUUUGUAGACUUUCAGAGCCCUUUGCAAGGCUUGGUGGUCCUGCCCUUAGUCCAGAGCAAUUCCUUAGAGCUAUCUCAAAGCACUCCAUUUGGCUCAGCGGAUGGGCAGUCCCCAUGCCCAGCCUGUAAAUGAGGUGAGCAGGCCUCUAGGGGUAGAACUAGAGCUGGGGGGCAGAGGAGAGCAGAGAUCUCCAGGGUGUCGCUCCUCACCCACCUGCCGCUGACUUGCCCCACUUCUCAAGGGAGAGAGUACCUGCGGCAGGUAAGGUCACCAGUCCAUGGAUCCCUGGCCUGCCGGGCUAGUGCCUUCUCUGCUACCUAUAACCUGCGCUCCUGAGUUCUUGAUUUCUUAGCAAGUGGGAUGCUAGAGCUAGGCAGCAGCUGCACUAGGACCAGUGUUGGCGGGAAGAAAGGAGCCCUGGUCUCCCCGCAGGGCAGGCAGCUAAGCAGUGGUUCCAAGUCUUUAGCUUUGGGCCCUUGGUCUAUUCUAUGUGGGUUUUUGUUUUGUUUUUUGUUUUGGGUUUUUGGGGGUUUUUUUGUUUUGGUUUAUUUUUUUUCUUAAAUUUUUGCAAUUCUUUUAAGAAAUGCAGUCUUUCAAACCAAUCCUAUUAAACUUUGGGUUUGUUUUUCUUACUGAUUUUUUUAAAAACUAAAAAAAAUAAAAAUAAAAAAGGCAAACUAAGAAAACAAAAAAAGAAAAAAGAAUAGAAAAAUGGAACAAAAAGAACCAUGACUCUUCUCCCCCACCUCGGUGCACAAGAACUCCCCACACACCCCUCUGCCUCUGCCCGCCACCAUCCUCCCUCUUCCCUCAGCUGGAAACAUCCACGCUGGUGUCUGUGAAAUGACGUUUUAUCUGUGUCUCAGGAUGAAAAGCGGCAAUCGUCUUACCAGGUGCUGGGUAGAAGCUGGUCAGCCUUGAGGCCAGUGUGUUUCCUGGGGCCACAGCUCAGGGAUGUGUAUUUAAUUACAGGGUCCCCAGAAACCCACCUCUUGGCUGUCAUAAGCAACAUCUUUUCUGGGCUCAGGAGCCAGGCCUGGGCUGUUUCCUCAGAGGCAGGAGCCCAGGAGUUUGCUGAGUUUGGGAGCAAGUCGGGGCUGCCUCUCUGGGCAGGCCAGGGCUCCGAGCCAUGGUAGCCCUGCCUCUCUACCUACAAGAAGCUGUCUCGGCCCUCCAGGGUAUCUCAUCCCUAAACAGGCCAGAGCUUGCUCAGGGACCAACUGUAGGCUCGAAAAAAGCCGAGGACAGCCAGAGCUUGCUCCGAGUCCAAGACAAAUGUGCUGCUGGUGGAGGCCAGUCCUUCACGCUGUGGAGCCAGCCCUGUGGCCACAGGGUCUGCUUUGCCCUUUGGUGACCAUUGCUUUCUUUGCUGAAAUGUCUUGUAAUAAGUGAUGUUGUUGACUCAGAUUUCCAUGGGGGAAAAAAACUACCUCUUGAGUGACAUCCUGGUCGAUUCCUCGCUGAGGAAUCCUGUGGGAAAAGAAUCAUGUAGCUCCCGCGCUGUUUACAUGUUUCUGUCGGGAAAGAAGCCCCGCCUGCCCUGGGCUGUUGGUGAUUUUGUCUGUGUUGCCAUCGCAGAGCCGCGAUAGGGGCUCUCUGGCCGCAUUGUAAUGUCUGGGCUGUGUGAGGAGCCCUUCCCACCUGGGGCGAGCCACCACCUCCACGAGGCCUCUGUCCCCUUCCUGUGCUCCAGACAUAGCAAGCGCCACUUCCCACAAGUACCAGCCUCGGGCUCCGGUGGCACCUCCACCCACAGGCCUUCAUAGGAAUCGAGCAAGCAGGAUGUCUCUGAGCCCUUGUUCCCAAAGGGCCACCAGCCACCAGCCCUGCAUGACUGAGUGACAGUUGGCAGGCUCUGCAGGCUGCUCAGGCCCUCUGCUACCUCCCACACCUGCCUGCUGGCAGGGGUGGGCCCCGUCCUGUGAACUGACUACCUGUGGAAUGUGACCAAUUAGUGUGAAAUGCAUGUUUAGCAAGUGUUAGGUACUGUAUUUGAACCAAUAAAU